CGGGACCUAGAGAAGCCGCGGGCGCCCGUCUGCGGCCCGUGAGCUGCUGUUGCUGCUGCUGCGGCGGCUGCAACCCGCGGUUCCGAGGCUGAGAGGCCGAGGUGUGCCCCUGACGAACCUGCCGGAUCUGCGCGGCUCAGCUGUACCCGUCCUUGCGGCGGUUAGGAAGUCCCAGCUGGUCUGUGCGCUGCUCUGGUGAGGAUGCGGCUGUUCCAGUGGCUGUUGAAGCAGCCGGUGCCGAAGCAGAUCGAGCGCUACUCGCGCUUCUCGCCAUCGCCGCUCUCCAUCAAACAGUUCCUGGACUUUGGGAGAGAUAAUGCAUGUGAGAAAACUUCAUACAUGUUUCUACGAAAGGAACUUCCUGUGCGACUGGCUAACACUAUGAGAGAAGUUAAUCUUCUGCCAGAUAACUUACUGAACCGCCCUUCAGUGGGAUUGGUUCAGAGUUGGUACAUGCAGAGUUUUCUUGAACUUUUAGAAUAUGAAAAUAAGAGCCCUGAAGACCCACAGGUUUUAGAUAACUUUCUACAAGUUCUGAUUAAAGUCAGAAAUAGGCACAAUGAUGUGGUUCCUACAAUGGCUCAAGGAGUGAUUGAAUAUAAGGAGAAGUUUGGGUUUGACCCCUUCAUUAGCAGUAACAUCCAAUAUUUUCUGGAUCGAUUUUAUACCAACCGCAUAUCUUUCCGCAUGCUUAUUAACCAGCACACACUUCUAUUUGGUGGUGACACUAAUCCUGCUCAUCCUAAACAUAUAGGAAGUAUUGAUCCCACCUGUAAUGUGGCUGAUGUGGUGAAAGAUGCGUAUGAAACAGCCAAGAUGCUGUGUGAACAGUAUUACCUGGUAGCUCCAGAGCUGGAAGUUGAAGAAUUCAAUGCCAAAGCACCAGACAAGCCUAUUCAGGUAGUUUAUGUGCCCUCACAUCUGUUUCACAUGCUAUUUGAGUUGUUCAAGAACUCAAUGAGAGCAACAGUUGAACUAUACGAAGAUAGAAAAGAGGGCUACCCAGCUGUUAAAACCCUUGUUACUUUGGGUAAAGAAGACUUGUCCAUUAAGAUAAGUGACCAAGGUGGUGGAGUCCCGCUUAGAAAAAUAGAUCGUCUUUUUAACUACAUGUAUUCAACUGCUCCUAGACCUAGCUUGGAGCCUACAAGAGCUGCCCCUUUGGCUGGAUUUGGUUAUGGUUUGCCAAUUUCUCGCCUGUAUGCUAGAUAUUUUCAGGGAGAUCUAAAACUGUAUUCCAUGGAAGGAGUGGGUACUGAUGCUGUCAUUUAUUUGAAGGCUCUUUCAAGUGAAUCAUUUGAGAGGCUGCCAGUUUUUAAUAAGUCUGCAUGGCGCCAUUACAAGACCAUGCCUGAAGCUGAUGACUGGAGCAAUCCCAGCAGUGAACCCAGGGAUGCAUCAAAAUACAAGGCUAAACAGGACAAGAUCAAGACUAAUAGAACUUUCUAGAGACUGAAUGCUCUGAUCCUCUCUGUGAAGAAAGAUUGUCUUCUCCAAGUCAACCAGAGAAAUUUCUUUCACCAACUCUGAGUGUGGCACCAUAGUUAUUCCCAGUGCUUGAAUGUGUGUUUUCUCCACACCAGCUGGACCUUUUCAUGGAGCCCUUCCUGUAGUUACUUCAACCAGAUCUUCCACUAAAGUAGUAACUUGAGUAAUUUUUCAUGGUAUCUUGCUGUGAUGUGCUUGGUACCUGCCACAAAAGAGCACAGAGCCUCAUUAGAGCCCUCAUGUCCUCAUAUUCUCUAUCUCAAUAUGGUAGAGUCUGAUGUCUAAAGUCUUUGCAGAAUUUUGAGCUCCUUCCCCAUUCCAGACAUAGCAGAUCCUAUUAUUGUUCUUUGUGACCAAAUACCAUUUUGUCCCAAACCUCCUGCUUUGGCCUAGGGAAUCUGGAAGUGGAAGAUAUCAGCUGAGAGCACAUUUUGAUAAUUCAGUCCCAGGUCCUUUCCUCUCUCAUAUGCAUCCCUCCUUUCUCUGAUUUAGACUUUGCCUUUUCUAUCUAAUUGUAUUCUCAUUAUGCAGUAUGAUACUUUUCAUGUUAUUUGAUAUGUUGAUUUUAUUUUAAAAUUCAUUUGUAUACUACCAUUCCAUUGAUUAAAGCAUUCCAAAAGUUG